AAUGUAGACUUUGUGAGAGUUAAGAGAGUGUGAUUAUUGGUUCAUCAUACAACUUGCUUUCCUUCUGCAAUUCUUUAGCUUAAAGUGAGAGAAGGAAGAUGGAAGCCAUGGCAGAAGGGGCAACACCUUCAUUGUCCGACCUCUUACUAUCGCUAGAGCAAGCAUCCUUCAUGGCCAAGCAGCUUCCUUCUUCCUCUAACCCAACCCAUCUCCUUCAAAUCUAUAAUUCUCUCCACCAGGCCAACCUCAACCUCUCCCUUUUCCUCUCUAAAACUCAGUUCUCCCAGUCUCUUCCUCUUCCUCGCCCUUCCAUCAACGAAAAUUCCCUCUCCUCUGCAACCAGCGCCGCCUUCAACGACGACGGCAACGAGCCGAUGCAGGUCGGCGACGACGAUGAUGCUGACGCUGAGCACGAUUCCAAGGGCACUAUUGAAAUGGUUGAGGAGAAGAUGAAGGAUUGUUUUAUUAAGAACAAGCGGGUAAAGCGCCAACUAUCGCCCUCGGCAGCGGCUAUGGCGGAGGAAAGACGAGUGCAUCGUGAUAAUAGGUUUACUGCGACACCCAAGGGUUUCGAUCCUCAUGUUGAGAGAUUGCGGGCCUUGGACCUCAUUUCCCAGUUUCAUGCGUGAGGCAGAGACGUGGCCGAGUUUGAAAAUCGAGAUGGAAGAAUUUACUCGCAUUCUGGUGAGGCUCUGAACAUUUCAAUUUAUGUUAUCACCAUUGCUAUCAGCUUUUGAUUCUUCAAUUAGCAUUCUGGAGUGGAACUUGAAAUUGAGGCAAUCGGAGCCCUUUUGGUUGGAUUAGCAAUUUAGCAUGAGGAACAUACUGGGCACAUUCUUUGCCUCCUUCGGAACCUUACGCUUAUCGAAAUUUGAAACCCCGUGAGAGUAUUGUUUGUGAUGAUCUUUACAUAAUUUAUGACACAAUUGUCCUACUGAGUUUGUAAAUUAAGUGCUGUUGUGGAAGUUCAACACUUCCACUAGCCUUCAAAGGUAAUUGCAUAUAUAUGAUACAAAAAGCUUUAUUCUUGUUCUCACAAUGUUCAUGUUUAACUGUUAUUAAGUUUUGGAUUUCUGGCAUUUCAGCAAGUCGUGAGGUCUCGUAUACUUCUCUAGUCAUCCUUAUCUGCAUCCAUUGCUUUAAUUCUAGUUUAUAUGUUUAAUCUUUCCAUUUAUUAAUUGGUGUCAUUGAGAAGUUAAUAUCUGUUUCCGAGUUAUUAUGAGGAAACAACUUCUUGCCUUAUAGAACAAAGCUUUAGUGAAAACACAUUUGGAUGGCUGUUACUUAGAAGUUCUAUUAACUUGUAUCUUUUGUGUUUUUACAUGGAUGUUAAUGCAUUUUAAAACAACUGGAGUUAUUCUUCUUUUUUAAAAUCACCGAAAAAUAAUAUCAACCUUUAAGCCAAUUUGAUUUUCAAACUAGCUCCCAGAUUGCCCCUUAGUUUUUUCUGCUUAAUUUUGAUUUAUUUGGUUAAUUUAAGAAAAGUCUUCAACUCAAGUUUCUUGGUGCAUGUUCUUAUGUUUCCUUUCUACCGUUUAGUUUUUAGUGGUAAAAUGUUGUUGAUUUGGUUAAUUUAAGAAAGGCUAACUCGGUUUUCUUUGUGAAAAAGGUUUCAAAGUAAAGCUAUUCUCUCUUGUUUCCUUCUCACCCUUUAGUUUUUGUUGCAAGUUCUAUCAAUUUGAUUGAUAUAAGAAGGGCUUAAACUCAGAUUUCUUGAUUCAUAGAAGUUAUUAAGGCAACGUUGGUCAAUCAGAAGAUAAAAAGGAAAGCAUGGACAUAGUUUUAUAGAAAGAUACUUCAAAUAGGGUUUGAAUUUUCUGAGAGCAUCAAACAGGAGUGAUGGAGAUGACAACUAGGAUUUAUAGAGGGAACUGAAGGUGCAUGGAAUCUCAAUGCCAAUAUCAAGGCUGAAGAGUAAUUCAACGAGGGUCUAUGUGUCAUUUAAGGUUUCUUGCCAGUUUCUUUGAGAAUUAGAUUUCCAAGUGAGCCCUUUUGCCAGAGGUCUGGGCUGUAUCAGUGCUACAGGGCUUGACCGUGCCUUCGUCAAGUCUCGAUAUGUUAUCAAUUUUGUGCUAUUUCGUUUUCCCCAUGGUGUGAUGAAAGGAUAGCAUCGUUGAAGCGACAACAUCAAAGCUAAUAUUUUUUUGCACACAGAAAUCGGCAGGGUGUUGGAACACGAUCAACUGCUACACAGGCUGAGGUUGACGUCUCUGUUCUGGUUUUAUCUUCUGUAAUUGUAUUGCAUAGUCGGGUAUUGGAGUCUCACUCAUUGCAUUAUGCUCAUGGCCCACUCCACCGAUCUCCCAAAGAUACCUCGCCCACUCCAAAGUCAGUUUUGGGGGACUAAAAAGAUUUUAACUUAUUAAUGCUUCCGUUUAGUUUUUCUUCGUCCAUGUAGUCUCGAUUGCGUGCUUUGAAUAGUACAAUACAUUUUCUUGAUUUAGACCCUGUGUUUUAUAAGCUUCUUUCAUGGCUGUAGCAGUUCCACACAAUAGAAAUGGCUGAUGUAAACUAUCGGUUUAAUGAGAUUGCAAGGCCACCUUGAUCCUUAA